UAAAUCUUUGAUAACGAUUCGAGAGUUUUAUUUAGUUCAACACAGAUAGUUUUGGCUAGCAACACCGUUUAAAAUGGGUUGCGGUUUUGGAAUAAUUUUGCUGUUUGUGGUGCAUUUUGUGGACGCGCAGACGAGGCAGUCGCUUAAUGGUGAUUGGCUACUUAAGGAUGAAUCUGGCGAGUAUUUAGAUUUAAACGCGAAAGUUCCUGGGGGUAUUUACACCGAUUUGAUGAAUAAUGGCGUUUUGGACAAUAUUUACGCUGGAUUCAACGAUGUGGAGUAUAAAUGGGUGGCGAGAAGUAACUGGUCGUACUAUACCACUUUUGAAGUACGCGAGGCUUUGACUGAUUAUUAUACAAUCAAUUUAGUUCUUGAAGGUGUCGAUACUUUUUCCACUAUUUUGAUCAACGAUGUGGAAGUAGGAACCACUCAGAACAUGUUUGUCAAAUAUAUCUUCAACAUAACUGAGCAAAUUAAGGUUGGUGAUAACACUAUCGAGGUAAAAUUUUUAUCACCCAUUUCGGCUGUCGAUGAUUUAGCAGCCAAACACGAACAAAAUUAUGUGGUUCCACCUGAGUGCGUCCCUGAUUCGUACAAGGGCGAAUGCCAUGUUAAUUACCUUAGAAAAAUCCCGGCAUCGUUCUCGUGGGAUUGGGGUCCAGCUUUUCCCUCAGUCGGGAUUUGGAAAGACAUAUAUUUACAAGGUUAUUAUUGCACUCUCAUAGAGUAUGUAGUGGCAGAAGUGUUGGAUACCGGCGACAACUGGACUUUAUCAAUCGACACCUACUUUUCGCCCCCAGCAGACAUUGUAGGACUUUUAGGCUUUGAACUAGAGACAGCAAAUGAACCAAUUACAGUUAGAAACUGGACAAUUCUGACUAUCCCCAACGAAUACGGAGAAGUGGUGAAUACAACCGAGAUCGUCGUACCAAAAACUUCAGUGGAAACCUGGUGGCCCAAUGGCUACGGUAAACAACCACUCUACACUCUAGGUGUAUCUUUUGACAGCGUCUUCGACUACAGUUACAAAGAAAUCAAAAUAGGUUUCAGGAAGAUUGAAUUAAUUCAAGACGAGCUUGAAAUGGGGCGUUCGUUCUACUUCCAAGUCAACGACGUCCCAAUUUUCGCCAUGGGUGUUAACUCAAUCCCCUUCGAUAUUCUCCCCGAAAACAGCUACAAUCUGGAACGACUCAACCACUUCAUGUCAAGCGUUGCGACAUACACUGAGAUGAACAUGAUCCGUGUUUGGGGUGGUGGGGUGUACGAAUCUGAUCUCUUCUACCAGUUGGCAGAUGAGUAUGGAUUGAUGAUCUGGCAGGAUUUUGUUUUCGCGUCUUCUAUGUAUCCAGCAGAUGACGAUUUUCUUAAUAACGUGAAGAGCGAAGUUAACCACCAAGUUAAGAGAAUCCAGAGUCAUCCAAGUUUAGCGUUGUGGGGUGGUAACAACGAAAACGAGGGAAAUUUAGCUUCCAAUUAUUUCAAUACGGCUGAUAAUUUCGAAGUUUACAAAGCGGAUUACAUUAAGUUGUAUAUCGACACCGUAAGGGAUGAAAUGCGGAGGAUCACGAAGAAUGCAAACUUUGUUGACUCGAGUCCAUCGAACGGAAUCGAAACUGAUAGUGAAGGGUACGUUUCCCUGGAUCCUGGUAGCCUGAUUUACGGAGACGUACACUUUUACACUAACAAUAGAGACAGCUUCGACACAAGCAUCUACCCUAUUCCUAGAUUUUCUUCUGAAUAUGGUUUCCAGUCUUUGCCGAGUGUUAGCUCUUGGCUUACAGUGACCGACAAUUUAACCGACUUAAGUAUCAAUAGUGACUUUAUGAAACAUAGACAACAUCACCCUGAUGGUAAUGAUCCUCUGAAAAACCUUAUUGAAUUUCAGUUAGAACUUCCCAGCGAAAACAACGAAUACUAUGAUGAAGCUCUCAUCUACUAUACGCAGAUCAUUCAAGCAAUGUCCAUCAAAAUUGAAACUGAACAUUAUCGUCGACACAUGGGACGAGUUGAUAACGAUGGCCGUGGUUACACCAUGGGUGCCCUAUUUUGGCAACUAAAUGACGUGUGGGUUGCUCCCAGCUGGUCUUCCAUAGACUAUACGGGGAAAUGGAAGAUGCUUCAUUACUUCGUUCCGGGUUUCUUCUCCCAAGAAUUAGUUACAGGUCACGCCAACAGUGACAAUCAACUUGAAGUGUAUCAUAUAUUAAACAAAGAAUACGGAGUCGGGGAAAAAUGGAUCAAUUUAACUAUUUAUGCGUGGGAUUCUUUCACACCUGUCAAUGGUACGCAGUUUGUUGGAGAAUUUGAACCUGUGACUUCGACGCUGAUUGCCACUCUUGAUAUCGAUCAGUACCUUUCCGAUUCCGGUUGCGGGUCAGUAGAAGAAGCAAGAUUUAACUGUUUUAUACAUUUCGUGGCUGGAUUGGGUACGAUAACAUUGACACCUUCAAAUUAUUUCUUUCCUUCAAAAUUCAAGGAAGCUAAUCUGGUGACAUCUAAUUUGGAGAUAUUGGCGGUAGAUAACUUUGAUGCUGAAGGCCUAAGAUUUUUAAUCGCCCUACGAGCCGAUGCCCCUUGUCUCUUUGUAUGGUUGGACGCUGGUGAUACAAAAGGUCAUUUCCUCGAAAACGGCUUCAUCCAACACAGCCUCGUAACUACAGUGAUCUUCGUAGCAGAUGAGCCUACCACGGUUGAAUCUUUACAAGCCACUUUAACUGUUACACAUGUAAAAGAUCCAAAAUAUUUUCCCACAAAAGUGUAAUAAUGGUAUAUAAAUAAACUUAAUGAACACUUUAA